GGUGGGGGGUCGGGGGUCCCGGGCGGCGCUCACCUGCAACUCGGCGCGCUCGGCCUCCCAGCGCGCCUUCUCGGCUUCGAAGCGCGCCCACUCGUGCUGGAUAAAGUGCAGGAUCCCGGGCAGGCUCAGGGGCUCCGGACCCGCCGUGGGCCCGGGGCUGCCUCCGCCGCCGCCUCCCUUACCUGCCGGGCCGGGCCCCGGAGCAGGGCUAGAUACCGGGGCCGCCCCAGUCGGGCCGGGGCCCGCGGCGGAGCCCAGCGGGCGGCAGGAGGAGGCGGCGGCAGUGACCGCGGCGGCCGCUCGCUCCUCCAUCAUGGAGGCCCCGGGGCCGGCCCGCGCGCCCGCUGUGCCUCGCGCGCCUGCGCGGCCGCGCCAACCCCCCGCGCGCGCGCUUGGCGGGGGACGGGGGGAGGCGGUGACGAGCACGGGGCCGGGCGCGAGCCUCGCCCACCCGGGUCGACCCCGAAGGCGCGCGUGCGCGCGGGGGUGCGGGCAGGGGCGGGGCGGGGCGCGCCCGGAGGAGAGCAAAGGAGACCCAGUCCCCGCCGGCGGCGGCUGCCGCCCUUGCAGGAGCGAGAGUUAGGAAGGGGCUGCUUUCUGCUCCUCCCACUUCACCCCAAAGAGAGGGUCCUACCCCACCCAGACCCAAAUACACCGCUGGACAAUCGCUUUCACUCUUUGAGAGAAAAGGUGACCCCCAGGGUUGAUUUCAAAGUGGCCCCUGCUGAUUCCUGGCCAGCAGAGCAGCUAAGCUGGGCUGGCACAGCCCUCCUGGAGCUCCCCCAGCCUGCUGCAACAUAGGAGGAUGCCCAGGAUGCCCGGCUAGGGCCUGAAUUCGGCCCCAUGCGGCUCACCCGCUGCCAGGCUGCCCUGGCAGCCGCCAUCACCCUCAACCUCCUGGUUCUCUUCUAUGUCUCAUGGCUGCAGCACCAACCCAAGAACUCCCGUGCUCGGGGGCCCCGCCGUGCAUCUGCCACUGGCCCCCGCGUCACCAUCCUCGUGCGGGAGUUUGAGGCCUUUGACAACGCGGUGUCUGAGCUGGUGGACUCUUUCCUGCAGCAGGACCCAGCCCAGCCCGUGGUGGUGGCAGCAGACACACUCCCCUACCCGCCCCUGGCCCUGCCCCGCAUCCCCAACGUUCGCCUGGCAUUGCUCCAGCCUGCCAUCGACCGGCCUGCUGCGGCCUCCCGCCCGGAGACCUACGUGACCACCGAGUUUGUGGCCCUAGUGCCUGAUGGGGCACGGGCCGAAUCACCAGGCCAGCUGGAGCGCAUGAUAGAAGCCCUCAGGGCGGGAAGUGCCCGCCUGGUGGCCGCCCCUGUUUCCACCGCCAACCCAGCACGGUGCCUAGCCCUGAACGUCACCCUGAGAGAGUGGACUGCCCGCUACGGCCCGGCAGCCGCUUCCUCCCGCUGUGACGCACUGGAUGGAGACGCUGUGGUGCUCCUGCGCGCCCGCGACCUCUUCAACCUCUCGGCGCCCCUGGCGCGGCCAGUGGGCACUAGCCUCUUCCUGCAGACCUCUCUUCGAGGCUGGGCGGUGCAGCUGCUGGACCUGCCUUUCGCCGCGGCACGCCAGCCCCCACUGGCCACGGCCCACGCGCGCUGGAAGGCGGAGCGCGAGGGGCGCGCGCGACGGGCGGCGCUGCUACGCGCUCUGGGCAUCCGCCUAGUGAGCUGGGAGGGCGGGAGACUCGAGUGGUUCGGCUGCAGCAAGGAGAGCACGCGCUGCUUCGGGACCGUGGUGGGUGACACGCCCUCUUACCUCUACGAGGAGCGUUGGACGCCCCCGUGCUGCCUGCGCGCGCUGCGCGAGACGGCGCGCUACGUGGUGGGCGUGCUGGAGGCGGCCGGCGUGCGCUACUGGCUGGAGGGCGGCUCGCUCCUGGGUGCAGCCCGCCACGGAGACAUCAUCCCAUGGGACUACGAUGUGGACCUGGGCAUCUACCUGGAGGACGUGGGCAACUGCGAGCAGCUGCGUGGGGCCGAGGCUGGCUCCGUGGUGGACGAGCGCGGCUUCGUGUGGGAGAAGGCCAUAGAAGGCGACUUCUUCCGCGUGCAGUACAGCGAGAGCAAUCACCUGCAUGUAGAUCUGUGGCCCUUCUAUCCCCGCAACGGGGUCAUGACCAAGGAUACCUGGCUAGACCACCGGCAGGAUGUCGAGUUCCCAGAGCACUUUCUGCAGCCUCUGGUGCCCCUGCCCUUUGCCGGCUUCAUGGCGCAGGCACCUAACAACUACCGCCGCUUCCUGGAGCUCAAGUUCGGCCCGGGGGUUAUCGAGAACCCUGAGUACCCCAACCCCGCACUCCUUAGUUUGACAGGUGGCUGAAGUCCUGGCGCCCUCUCCUGAUGUCGGGGGAACCUCCUGGCAGAAGAGAUGUCCUUUGUUUGGGGGGGUUCUUUCUGGAUGUGGAGAAGCUAAAAUUGACAAUGGGGGGCAUAUACUGGAGAAAGAACAGGUGAACUGACCAAGAAAGAAACUGAAGGAAGCACACAAGAGAAGCCUGGCCUUGGCAGGGACAGAGCCAGGCCAAGCACUGGAAGCAACGUCCAGAAAUUGUGCAAUAGUCCUGCCCACGUUGAGCAAUGGAAUAUGGAAUAUAUGUGGGAAUAUCCUGGGUCAUUCCAGUAAUUGAAGGAGUUACUUGCAUUUUGUACACAGGCCCAGAAAUGCCAGCCCUUCCCUCAGGGCCCGGCACAGAGAAGUGCUGUGCCAGAGAUUCCAGGAGCCCUGCGCGGAGGCACUGGGAGAGUUUGGAAAAGAGAGGGAAGGAGAAUCGGGUCUGGCGAGCUCCAAAUCCCGGCUCUCUUGCUUCCGAGUUGGGUCUGGACCAGUGGGUCAGAGCUUCCAGAUCCUCCAGGAUUCCAAGUGCCUGGAUUUGGUGUCUUCACCCAGGGAGACCUCAGGAUUCUUGGCUGCUGGGGUUGCUUCCUCCACUAGAGGGCGCGUCUGUCCCACUCCUGGUGGCCUGUGGAUGCCGGGGGACGUGGAGCCCAGCGCCUCUUUUGCAAGCCAUCCAUCUCUUGAGCUUUUGCUCUUCUCUCAGAGGCCCUGUGGGAGGUGGGACAGCAGUGACCAUCUUCCCUUCUUCUGGAAUGUGACUUCUUUCCUCUAGGACAGCCACGUGCGUGGCUUAACCCCAUCUUGACAGAGGAAACAAGCUGAGAGAUCCGAGGGGUUACUGGUUAACCACCGGUUCUGGCCGCUCAUUACCCCCGUAUUUCAACUCUCUGCACCUGUUUCUUGACUUGCCACAUUUAUGGAACCAGGCAUCAUUCUCAGUAUUUAUCCCUCACCUCCCCGCCCUCAAGCCACAACUGCCAUUAUGUCCAUUUCGCAGUGAGGAAAACUGAGGCCAGAAUGGUGACGUUGCUCACCCAAGGUCGGAUAGAUAAGGGAGUAGCAGACCGGGGACUAGAACCCAGGCCAUCAGGCCUCAGCCCAUACUUGAUUUCCUCACUAUGACCCUUCUAGAAGUGGCACCCCAGAGGAGCAUGAGGGUCCCAUGCUACUUAGCAGUUAGCUGCUAAGCCUUCCUUUUUCCAUCAUGCACCUAAGAGUCAGUAGUGUUUGGGCAUGUACUCCCAGGGUAUGUGUAUUUAUUUAUAAAUUAUGUACAAGUACUACUAUCAGUCUAAUUACUAAUAUGGCAUAAUUAAAUUAUUCCAUUUUUAAAUAAAGUGAAUAUGAAUGGGAGUUUAUGUUUUCUUGCCUCAUCCUAAUGCCUUGCUCUGCACACCUCCUAAGUGUGCUUUGAAACAAAUGAACAGCCACAGGAAUCCAGUGUGGUGGUACAUGCCUGCAGUCCAGCUACGGGGAGGAUGAGCCAGGAGCAUCGCUUGAGCCCAAGAGUUUAAGACCAGCUUGAACAACAUAGUGAGACCCCCGCUCAAAAAAGCAGCACAGGCUCUAAGGUGGCAGAGGCCUGACUUCAAACCACU